CAAUGAUUAUUGAUGGACCACGUGGAUCUUGCAUUACUACUUCCCUUCUCACUCUCUCUUCACCACACAACCUUAGUUUCGCAGGUUUCGACGAUUUCUUGAGGUUUAGUUGGCAACUUGAGGAAUGCCCGUCGGAAUUGAAGCUUGGUUGACCCAGAUUCCACCGAUAACGCGUGCAUGGCUAGCGCUAUCUGUCGCCACGAGUUUAGCAGUGCAAUGUCAACUCGUGACACCUCUGCAACUGUAUUUUAGCUUUAAAUCCGCUUUUACCAAUGCACAACCCUGGCGCAUGGCCACGACAUUCUUUUACUUUGGAUCAAUAUCUCUGGACUUCGUUUUCCAUCUUUUCUUUUUCAUGCGAUAUAGUCGGAUGUUAGAAGAAUCCUCAUUUGCCAACAGAAAAGCUGAUUACUUCUGGCUGCUUCUGCUGUCAUCUGUGAUGCUAUUGGCCAUGUCUCCCUUAUUCAACCUUCCAUUUCUCUCCUCCUCGCUUGCCUUCGUGCCCAUAUAUAUGUGGUCCCGUCGGCAUCCAUCCACGCCAAUAUCGCUCUUUGGGUUGUUCACAAUCUCAGCACCGUACUUGCCAUUAGCCCUCGUAAUUUUCUCUUGGGUAAUAAGUGGAACAUGGAAGGCGGCGGCAGGGGAUCUAAUUGGGUGUGCGGUCGGUCACAUUGGAUGGUUCCUGCGGGAUGUCUGGCCAAGAGAGAUGGUCGGAGGGUACUCGGUACUGACCGAGGCGCCUGAUGGGCUGUGAGUGUUUCUCGAUAGAUGAAAUGUGUCAUGCUUAUAAAGUUACAGGAGGAGAUUAUUCGGAGACCUCUGAGUCGAUAAAGAAUCAGCGUACUUGGCAUCUUUUAUUCCUUCUUUGGGAAGAAAGAGCGGCAUUGUUACUGGGAAAUCAUUAUGAUAUCGUUACUUCUAUGUUUGAUGAAG